AUGGCGCCAUCAUCCACCGCCUCUGCGCCGUCAUCGUCUGCAGCGUCCGCGGCCGAGGCCGCCGGCGCUGGCUCCGGUGGCGUCGAAGCAGCGAUAGGUGAUGCGGCUGGCGAGCCGCCCGAAGAACCCCUCACGCGGUCAGAGACCGCAGCGAAAGACGCCAAUGAUGCAUCGCAUGGAGAUCGAGGCCUCGUCACAGUAAAGCAGGUGGUUGUUGUCAACAAGCAACAGCCCACCUCGGCGCUGUCGAUCAAGCUACAGCAGCAGCGAGAUUCCACCAACGAUCUGCGGGGCAAAGACGUCCCUUCCGCCUCCGCUUGCGUCGCUGCAUCCGAUGCUGCCUCACCCUCGUCUUCCUCUUCCUCUUCGUCCUCUCAAGCGUCGCAACUGGCGACGACGCCGCCGACGUCCGCCCAAGCGACGUCGACGUGCUCGUGCUGCUCCUCGCAGCGGCCGCAUGCGCAGCGCUGCGAGUCGCCCGGCGCCAUCCCGUUUCCGCCUUCGCCGAGUCCGAGCGUCAGGACGGACGACAGCGCCGCUGCUGCCGGCUCGUACACAGCACCCGGCAGCCCGUCAAGCAUUAGCAGCUGGAACAGCUAUGCCAGCUCCGCCCUCGGCGGCGGUGGCAUCGUUGCCGCGAGGCGCUUGGGCGACCUCGCAGACGUUGAGGAUGACGAGGGCGCCGCGUCCGACGUCGGCUCCGUACAGGAUCACAGCGCAGCCGUCGGCGGUAGCGAGACGGGGCAGGGUGCCGCGGACGGCAACAGCAGUUCCGCCUCCGGCACCAGCGCCGGAUCGAAUGCGAACGCAAACCCCAAUGUCGGCCAUUACACCAGCGGGCAACACCUCGCUCCGUCCGGUGUGCUCCACCACCAUCACGCCCACUCCCACGGGCACGGGCAUGGGCAUGGGCACCACAGCCAUCACAGCCACCACCAUGACUCGCAGAGUAUCCACGAGCCCGAGCUCGAGACAGUCAGCGAGCUGGAGGAGGAGGGUGACGGGUUGCAGGACCACGGCGACGGUGAUGUUGACCAGAGUGAGGCGGAGAGCUUGGCGACGACGGCGGACGAGCACGACGAUGCGGAGGACACGCCUGCGCCUGCGCACGGGUCGCCCAGCACGGAUUUCCACGGUGGCACCGCGGCGACGCCGCAGACUGGCGCUGCCAUCAAAGGAGGGCGUUAUGAUCAUCACUACCACCAGCCGCAGUGGCAGCACAAUGCAAGUGGGCCGAGGCGCCGGUGGGCCGCCCAUGGCAAGCACUACCCUCAGCGGCAUCCACAUCCGCAUCUACAUUCGUUGUCGCUCGAGGCAAGCAGCGGCGCUGGCAAGGCCGCGACGAACGCGCCAUCGCACACUCACUUCUCGACGCGCGGCCUCGGCCACAUCUAUGCGCAGAACGGGACGCGCUGGGGCGGCAAUCGUGGCAGUAGCGGUAACGCUGGCGGUAGUGCUUCCUCUUCUGCUGCUGCUGCUGCCGCCUCCACAUCUGCGCCAACGCCUACGCCGACGCGGGCAACCCAAGUGCGCAGGCGCAAAGGGCGCAUCGCUGAGAUCGUCCAUGAGGACUUUGGGCCACAUUCGGACACGACAAGCAGCCCCUCGUCCAGCACGCAGAGCUCGGGUGCAAACUCACCCGCUUCUGGCGAUGGCGAGCAUGCCACGCCCCUGUCGACUUGGGUACCGCUGUCGAUCGUCUCACCCAUCGCCAGCAGCACCGCCUGCAGCGGCGGCAGUGGCAACGAUAGCGUAGGGCCAGAUGUACUCAUCGCGCCGCCAGCGCCUGUGCCCCCGUUCUCCGUCGACGACUACAGCUUCGUCGGCCCGCCACCCUUGCCGCCGCCCCGCAGCAUCAGCCCAAGCGAGACGAUCCCGGUCAUCCCCAGCAGACUGUGCGAGUGCGUGAGCGCGGAUGAAGACCCAGGUGACGUCGCUGUGCAAGAUGAUUGCGGUAGGCGUGCAUCCGAGCAGGAUGGGUGCCACAACGACACGCCCAUGCCCGAUGCCGGCGCAGACGCGGGCGACAGCAAACCAGCGCGAGCCGUUUCGACGUCUUCGGCGUCGACGUGCUCCAGCGUCAGCACUUUCUGCAGCACCAGUCGACUGUCGAUCACCACGACCGAGGACGGCGCAGACACGGACGCUACCGCGCCGUCCACUCCGCCCUCCUCACCGCCGCCGUCGCCCCUCACGCGCAGCGGUACCAUCCGCGCCUCGGCACCGCACCUCAAGCGGUCAGCACUGACACCGGCCCCGUUUUCGUCUGCCGGCAGCGGUAGCAGCAGCAGCAGCAGCAUGAGCAAGGCACAGAGCGCUUCUGCAACCAUGCCUGCGCCCAGCGCGAGCGUAACUCCCACUGGCGAUCGGACACGCCGUGCAUCGACGUCGGCCACGCUCAAGAAGCCUCUGCGACCGUGCUUCCGUCGCCGCGCGACGGCACAAGGGUCGUUGGCAUCCAACCAUGAUUCGUCGUCCGAACGCGAGUCACCCCCAUACUCGUCUUCACGUGCCGCCUUCCGGCACGCACACGUUCGCUUCUCCCAGGCGCCGCCGCAGGAGGUGCGCACGCACAGCCCCGUCGAGUAUGACCGCAAGAGCUGCUCUAUCUCCAACAGGCUCAGCGCCGAGGACGUCGAAGAGCUGCGCAUGAUGAAGAUGGAACUUGGCCUGCUCGAGGCCAAGUGGGCUGCCAUGGCCGCGUGGAAGGAGGAGCGCUCGCUGGGCCCGCACGACGAGAAGGUCGAGAUCUCCUUUGGGCACACGCCCAACCAUACGGCCAUUAACGAGCGAGGAAAGACAGGCAAGGAUUUUCAGUCACGAUGCCUUGAGCGCUUUGGCGCCAUGCCUCUGCUUAGCGGCAGCGGUAGCGAGCUGCCGCCUUUUACGACGUCCCACUCCCCCGUCUCAUCGCCGUCGCACAUGACCGCUGGUAUGCAGAAUCCUUUCUCGCGCCCGCUCACGCCCAAGCACGGGCCGUCGGGCAGUCCCGCCAGUGUCCACAAUGACGAGCUGCACAAGGAGACGGAGCGCCUAGCGGAGCGUGCCAUGCUCAGCAGCGAGCACUGCCCGGCAAAGAUCGGCCGGCGAGCGCACGCAGAGCGAGUCUGCCUCAUGUCGCGCUUCGGUCUGCUCGACGCUCCGCCGCCGCCGCUGCCCGGCACGGCGUCCAAGUCGGGCUACAUGAGCUCCAGCUCGGUCCCAAUGUUUGGCGGUACCGCCGACCAGUAUCGCGGCCACCAGCGCCUGUUGUACGCCAACGCGUACCCGAACACCCCUAACGUCAACACGCCCAUCAUCACGUCAUGCCUGUCAUCGUCUGUGUUGCCUCGCUUGAAUUCCGGUUCCGUCGCGGGCCGAUCCAGCUCUGCGCCGCCGAGAGGGCGCUCAGAGGUGGUGGAGCAGGCGUGCCUCACCGUGCCUGCUGAGUCAUCGCUCAGCACCCGUACGGAGUCUGAAUCGCCAGUCGACAUUGCGCAGACCGACGGCGAAGCGACGACGCCUACGGCGAGGGGCAGGUCGUCGACGGUCGAUGCGACCAAGACAAUGAGCACUCCUUCUGGCGCCGCUCAAGGACACGACUCGAUGCUGCCGACAGAUUCGCUCGCCACUCCCACGGCUGCGAGUUUGAGUGCGAGUGCCGACGGCGUAGACAGCAUCCCGGCUCUGGUGCACACGUCGCCGUCGCCGCCACGGCCACCGUCACCUUGUCGUGUUUUGGACGCUCAGCACGCCGCCUCGUCGGCGUCGUCGUCGUCAGCGAGGCCAAGUGCAUCUCGUCAACCUGCGUCCCUCCAAACGUAUUCAGCGCCCCUCUCAUCAGGCUCGCUGCUUGCAGCGCAGGCGCCAUCGUCAUCGUACAAGCCAGCAUCGUUGCCGUUCUCUGCACCGCCUCAUGCGAAGCAAUUUACUGGUAGUAGCAGCAGCAGUUUGAGCAAACGCCGCGACCCGCCGCUGCGCUCGCCACACGAUGCUUCGCCGACGUCGUCGCUCCUGCACGGUGCGCGGCCCGGCUCGGCGUCAGACUCUGCAUCAUCCAAGGCAGCGGCCGAGGAGUGCUAUUUUUCGGCAGGCGCAGUGUCGACAAAGGCAUCUUCGUUCGCCGUGUCCACUUCUGUGGCGGCAAAGAAGCAAACACCGUACUGCUUCUCGCCGCGCGCUGCAAUUGAUACGGCGCGUUCGUAUCAGUUCGCAUCGUCAUCGUCGCCACGGUCCGGGCCGAUGCAUGCCACGCUUUCUGCUGUCUCGACCGGCUACGAUUCGCCUGUUAGCGAAUUCUACGAGAGCGGGAGCGAGUACGACUUGCUUGGGUAA